AUGGAUUUUCUGCCUGAGCUGUGCAUUGAUAAACAUGUCAAAUAUUUGUAUGAUUAUGCAAAUGAGAGGUGUAGUAUUGAAGGGUUUUUUGUAGAAAAUAUCAAAGUGGGUGGAAUGUACUGGUCCCUCACUACGUUGGCACUGAUAUGUCCUGAGGCAAUAUACAAAAAUUUGCCAGAAAGUGACGGUUUCAAUAUUUAUGAUAAGUCACUGAAAUUGUUAUCUAAUUGUAAAAAUGAAGAUGGUGGCUUUGGUAAUUCUCCGGGCCAUGAGUCCCAUCUAAUUCCUACACACUAUGCCGUUCUAGUUUGUAUAUUGCUUGAAAAAAUGGAUAUGAUAGAUGUAGAUAAAACAACAGAGUUUGUCUUAUCUUUACAGAACGUAGAUGGUUCAUUCAAUGGAGAUUCCUCCAUGGAAGCUGAUACAAGGCAUUCAUAUAGUGCUUUAGCAAUACUAACAUUGCUCAAAAAGAUACAAAAAGUUGAUUUGGAAUUAUCUGCAAGUUACAUACUUUCUUGUAUGAACCACGAUGGAGGUUUUGGAUGGACCCCUAACGGGGAAUCCCACGCUGCUUCGGCAUUUUGCUCAGUUGCAGCACUAUCGCUAUCUAACAGAUUGUAUAGGAUCGAUAGGGAUCGUUUGGGGUGGUGGUUAUGCGAGAGGCAAACCAGCACUGGGGGUUUUAAUGGGAGACAUCAAAAAUUGCCAGAUGUAUGUUAUUCAUGGUGGAUAUCAGCAACACUCUACAUAUUAGGAAGACAGGAAUGGUUUAACAGGGCCAAAUUGAUUGAAUUCAUAUUGGAAUCCCAAAACACUGAAACUGGUGGGAUAUCUCACAAACCUGGCAAUAUUAGCGAUGUAUUCCACACAUUUUUUGGUAUAGCAACUAUAUACCUAAUCAAAAUGCAUUCCAUCCAUCCAGUAUUUGUCACUUUGAACGAGAAAUUGAAAAAAAUUAUAACACAAUGA